AUGGAAAGAGAUUACUCGUCAAAAAAGCUUCUCAUUUCCUAUCUCUCAUCAGUCUAUCAAUGCAACAACAAGUAUUUAAAUUCAACAUUAAUAUCUCAAUCCAAAGUUCCGGAUGAUGUUUUAUUAGCCAUGAGAAAAGCUUGUGAGCUUUCGGAAUUAUUUAAUGUUCAUGAAUUUAAUGAUCAAGAUGAUUUUGAAGAGAAGAGUGAAAAUUUGAAAAGUAAGCGAGAUGUAGAGGAAACUCAAAGCAUCAUCUCCAAGAUGGCAUUAUCGAGCUCUGUAAGAACACCAGCUGAAGAGACACGGGACAUGACAAGCAUGAUGGAAUCAAGUUCGAAAAGUGCUUUUUGUUUGCCAUCACCUGAGGAAAUACAUAAUGCUCUCGUGGCAGCUAUUCCAGCAUCGAAUAGUCAGAAACCUUCGCCGUUAUUGUUUAAACAAAUUCAUGCCAAGAUUUUAGGUUGUUUUCGAACGGAUUGGGAAACGAUUCGAAAAUUUAAAAGAUUUUCAGAAGCAUUUAAAGAAUGGCAUAAGAAAGAUUCCAUGUAUUCAGUGUUUGCCAAAGAGUUUGCCAUUAUGAAAAAAAUUAAGGAAUUAUCUCCACCCUCAAUCUCUAAAGAUGACAAUACUGAAGAUGACAAUUCGCUCGAAGGUAUUGGAUUUCACACUUUGAAGUUUGACAAGAGAAUCUCGAAAAGGAAGAACAAAAAUAGAUUAUCCACACUCAUGCAAACAUUUUAUGAAGAAGAAUAUGAAACUGUAAUCGAAUGUCUUUUUCACAAACAAAAUUCAGAUCAAUGCAUCCAGCCAUGGCAAGACUUGUUUAUUCCUGUUUCUGCUGUCUUUUGUACAGAUCAUAUGGAAUCUUGCUUGAAUAUCAGUUUAAUGGAUUCACACAGUGCUAACCCAAGUAGUUCUAAAACUGAUGCUCUCAGUUUUAUCGACUGCGCCACACUAAUGAAUGAAUGUAACGCAUUUAUGGAACAAAUGUUUCAGGAAACGAAAGAAAAAAAAAUAUAA